GAGGAGUGUCUUGCUUGCUGAAAGAAGCCGAAGAAGACGAAACAGCGCGAAACGUACCGCACAACAAGUGAUAAGUGUGUAUUACUGCUGCCGGUCGAGCCUCCGAAAGUGCAUUGCAUUUCUCGUUCGUCUCUCGUCUCUGUUUUCUUUCUUCUUCGUCGAACCACGUGCAUUUCGGAUGAUCUGCCUCUGGGUGAUGCUGCUGCUGUUGUUAUUGUUGCUGUUUCACUCUUUUGGCUUUCGAACAGAUCGUGUGUUCCUCCUCGAGGUUUGCCGCGACGAGGAGGACCGAAUCAGUUUGUGAUUAGUCACCACCGGGUGAGGAGCAACGGUUUGUUAUCGAGAGGAGUGUUUAUUUGGCAAGGCUAUAGACUGGAUUAUUAGGUGUAUGUGAGGAAGGUUCAGUUCCGUAGAUGGGAGAUUCUUUGGAGUGCUAUGGGGACAUAGUUUCCCCCGAAGGUAGUAGAAACUAUAUGCAGACCAGCGCAUGUAGCAGUGGAAGCCAACACCACUGCUAUCUCACGGUACGGAAGCCCUUUGAGAUGGUCGACACGCAGGAGGUCAAUCCGACAUAUGACCACAGCCACCAGCAGCAAGCUGACGAAUGUGAUGCAACAAUGCUGUCCCAGAUUCCGACCAACGAGCUAAUGGACCUGGAGGGGGAAAUGUUUCCGCUGGAGUCGUACCAGGAGGUACUGAAGCUCGAGUCUCUCCCCCUACUGGAGGACUGUAAGCCGGCGCCAAUUCUGACUGCGCCCGCCGCACUGUUGGACCAUUUGACCAAAACGCCCACGCUGGACGAGCAUCACGAUCCGUUGUUCAACUUUAACGUCGAUCUGAACGGAGAGAACAGCGGCAAGUCGAGCUGGAUGUUCAGCUCGCGGCUGAACAAGGUGUUCGUGAAGAUGGGACAGGCGUGCACCUUCAACAUAUCGUACCAAUCGUUCGACUAUCAGGAGCUGGUCGUGCGAGCGAUGCUUGUUUGCUCGGCCCCGGAAGACAUGCACUAUCCGGUGUUCAGAUGCGAGAAUCAUCGCUGCAGUGACAAUAACAAUCCAAGAAUAUCAGAGGUGGUUAAAACGCAUGUAAUGCGUUGUUUUAACCCAUCCGCACGGUACGUUGGGUUCGAGAGUGGAAUCGCCUUUAAGGACCGCCUGGCGGUCGUCAUUCCUUUGGGGGCUACUGCCAACGACCAAGGCUCGAUGAACAUAUCGCUGGAGUUUGUCUGCCAGAAUUCGUGCCGUAUCAUCAAUCGUAGAGCGACUGCCAUCAUUUUCACCCUGGAGGACACUCAUGGGCAAAUUCUGGGGAAGAAAUCUCUCCAUUUGAAGGUGUGCAGCUGUCCCAAGCGGGACAAGCAGAAAGAGGAGGAAAGUUUGGGUCCGGCCAAACGAAAGAGUGUGAACGAACAACCUCCUCCACCGGGCAAAAAAGUUGCCAAAGUUUCAGCGUGCCAUCGUCAUCCGAGUCAGGAACUGCCCGCCGCCAAAUCGAACCGUUUGAGCUCAUCCGGCAAACUACCCCUCAUCAAGAAAGAAAGCUCUUCCGAUUCAUCAACGCCUCUUAUGCGCACCCAAAGCAUUCGUUCGUUGAGUCCGCUCAGCAGCCAGGAGCUGGUCGAACAGACGGCCACCACUAUCAGCCUGCCGAUGCCGAAUAUAGAGAUGGCCGUGAAGGUGUCCGAAUAUGCGUUCCAGGUCGUCGCCGGCGACUUGGUGCGUUGUACUGACGACGGCCAGCGCAGACAUCUGGCAGCCUUUUUGUCGCAGCUUCGCCGACUGCAGAAGAGCCUUGCCGAUGGCGGCGGCGACACCACAACUGGUAGCACCAACCUCCCUUCAACGGAUUCGGAGUAGUGAGGCAAUCUCUCCGCGAGGCAGAGGAGAGCAUACUUAAUCUUCUAACAAACUAACACCCCCUAAUUAAUUAUAGGACCAUCGAAAGAGAGGGAGAGGGAUGCCAUUUUGUUGCAUCGCCGCCCCCAGUGCUCCAUAUCAUAUUUACUAACCGUAGGAAGACGAUCACAGUUUUAGUAGGAUCGGUUAAAACAGCAUACAUUUCAGCGUUGAGCGCGCAUUAUUCGGUAAGCGUAGUUAUAGAUUUAUGUUUGUACGUAGGAAGUAGUGUUUAAAUGUGUGUACCUUAGGGGAUUGACUGUGUUUGAGGAGUCUAUUCGAGAGUGUACUGUGCUCGGGAGAGUUUAAAUCUUCCCCCACAAACAACAACCCGGCCCAGUGUUGUGUGUCUUCCUGUUAUGUUUCGCCCGGGCAAACAUACUUUAUUACUUUUUUUUUGCUAUACCAAACAAUUCGCGGCGGAGCUUCGAAAGAUUCAGACACAAUUUUCCUUUUGUUUCUAACUAUGUAUUACCUUUAUGUAUGAUUUCUUAACGUCGUUACAAUUGGUGCAAUUCUAGUUCAAUUCUAUGGUUGACCAACUUUCUAUUUUUUUUUGUUUCAAACAAGGAUUUAUCAAUUUUAGAAGUAAGUGAUAAAAUUAUAUGUAUACCUUUUGCAUUUUCCCUUCAUUACUAUUGUGCGUAGAAUAAGUUGUUGCAUUACAUUGUGCAUGAUUAUUAAUGUUUCGUAAUUCAUCGUAGUUGAAAGAGAAUCCGUUUUCCGAGAAGGCGAAAUAAUGGUUGGUUUUACUUACAAAUUCAUGUUUAGGAUAGUUUAUGUUGUUAUCAUUCUUCGUCUAAGAAUAAUGGAAUUUAAUAUGCAGAAUGAGCAAAAGAAUAAAAGAUAAAAUAUGAUUUACAGCAAA